CAAUGUGGUUUUACUGGGCUUCGUCGGUUUCAAUCUACCGGUACAAUUAGAAAAAAAAACCACACGAUGCUUUCUCCUCUAUCUCUUCGUCUUCACCGUUUCCUCUCUAUUGUUUCAGUUCUCUCGAUCCUCAUAUUAUAAAUAUUCGAGUACUAGGUUGCGAUUGGGCAGGUGCUUUUGUCUGUGAGGUGUAAGGAUUAGGAUGGGCAUGGUCACCAUGCUCAUGAGGCUCUGAGGAGGGCUAAGUUUAAGUUCCCUGGUCGUCAAAAGAUUAUCGGCAGCAGGAAAUCAUAUUUAUCAUUUUAUUAUUGGUUUUUGAGGAUCAAAUCCUUUUUAAGAACUUAUCAUGUUUUGUUGCUUUUUUUGCUUUUGUUUAGGGGUUUCACUAAGUUUAACAGAGCAGAUUUCAUGAAGCUGAGGCAAGAGAAGCGUGUUGUUCCUGAUGGUGUUAAUGCUAAGUUCCUCUCAUGCCAUGGACCUUUGGUUAACCGUCAGCCGGGAAGUGCAUUUUUGCCGGCCACCUAUUGAAGUUUCAGAGCUGAAUUAUAGCCAGUCUGAAACUUUAUCCUUGAAAUAUGAUGAGUAAAUCGAGGACUGUGAUGAGUCUGUUGAAAGAGCUAGAAAGCUUAGUCUAGGAACGGAACAGCUCUGCGGAAGAUGGAAAAAGUCUCGACGGACCAUGAACAUAUGAUUCAGACUUACCAGAAAGCUCUUGCAGAGCACCAUAACCCAGACAUGUUGAGGAGUCUGGAUGAGACUGAGAGAAUCUAGAAGGAGUUGGCGCAGAAAGAGUAUUCUGAUCCCAAUAUUGGUGAGGCAGAGCGUGAGAGAGUGAGUUUUUCAAGGAGCGGGAGUAUCAUGAUGCUGUGAGACACCACACUAAAGCGUUAAAAAGAAAUUCAAAAGACCCGAGCGCUAGGGCCUAGGGGAAUGCAAGACCCGGCAAUCCAGAACAUUCUCGCAGAUCCUGUAAUGAGACAGGAAAAUCCACCAACAGCACAAGAACACAUGCAGACCCCGAUGAUCAUGAAGAAAUACAAAAGUAUAUCAACCCAUGAAUUGUCAUGAUGAAAUAGACAUUAAUCCAUAGUUUUUACUUUUUGUAACUCUCGAACUAAACUCAUUCUUCCAUUGUUUCAGGAUAAUCUGAUAUAACAUUUUCCCUAAUAUCAGUUGUGUUUUUAUAAGACAGAUAUUUGAAUUGCUUACAUUAUUGCACAGCCCAAAAGAAAUUCACAAAAAUUCUUCAGUACGUAAGGUUAGUUCUGAACAAGAAAAAUAAAGUGUCUUCACCAGCAACUUUUCAUCCUUGGACGAAAAGACCAGAGGAAAAUGCAAGCUCUUGGUUUUGUUAUGAAUCGUUAUGAGAUUCAAUAUUACAAAGACCAUAAACUAAAUGAUUAUUAAUAACUCAUACCUCUUCCAGUAACAAUCUCAAAUAAUAAACAAUAACAACUAUUGAAAGCUUGGAAGAAAAAAGUACGAUACAAGUUUUGCAGGAGGUAGGUUUGGAGAAGCCAUUGGUGUCAUUUGAAAAACCUAAGUUUGAUAGCGAAGAGCUUAUGAGUACUAUAUCUAAAGUAAAAGUCCAUAGAAUAAGUUGGAACUCUGUUGAAUCAACGAACUUUGAUGUUAAGAUCCACUAAAUCAAAGCAAUGGCUAGACAAGCCCGGGAGAUAGAAGCUGGUUAAGGAGGAGUUUUGGGAAGUGAUUCUGAACCGACCAAAAGUAUCAAGAUCUCGAAUAAUAUCCCUAUGGAAAGAUCAAGCUGCAAGGAAUCCAUAGAAAGAUACCGUGUUCAAAUCAAAGGUAAAAUCCAUCCAGAAAUCUUUGAGAAAGUUGAUGAAAAGUUUUAUGAUUCUCUGAUCCAAAAACCUGCAUUUUACCUUUUAAAUCAGUGUGUAUGUAGGCUACUUUGGAGGUGGUUUCCGCCGAGAUAUAAGGAAACUGGAUCACAUUAAGGUUAUAUAUGGAAAUAUCCUAUUGCAGAGAGCUCACUAGAUCAAUCGAAUUAUGAAUAUAAGUUAUAAACAAUUCGUAUUUCACCUUCAAAGUUGGACCAGAAACAUCUGAAUCUGCAGAAACAGAGAAAACUUUUCUGUAACAGCAUCUUUAGGAGAUUGUUUGACAAGGUAAACAUAUCCUGAUCGAUUUGAAAUUUUGUAUACAUACUCAUGGCAUAUCAGGAUUCACGAUCAACGGUGGGAUUUAGGAGUGAAAGGUUCGUUUGUUAAUUAUUCAUGUCUACUUGAGCCUGUUUGAUACAGUAUAAAACAGUGUGACAUGUAUGACAAAUGUGAUGUUUGGUUAGGCAAAAGAAUUCGGUUUGACCUAAAAAUUGGCAAGAGUAUUGGAGACUUAUGGAUAUAUGUCCAGGUUGAAGUAGAUAUGGUCUAGAGACAUAAUUUACAUGCAUCAUUGUGCUGUUACCAAAGCUGUUGUUGUCCUCAAGUAUACAGCUUUUCUAUUUAUUCAAAAUGUAUAUUGCUGCUUAAAGGAAUGUAAAUUUAAAUGAUGAUUAAAUUUAUAUUCUCAGAUGCACACUAAAAUUUAGGUUGUCUUUAUAUCAUUCACUCAUUUAGUUAUCCGUCCACAAGGUUGGUUAAAACAUAAUAUAGUCUCAAAAAUAUAGUUGUUUAAGAAAAUGUUUCAAAUAUAUAUAUGCAUGCUACCAAAUUCCAGAAUAAAAAUCUAUAUUUCUAUAAUAAAAAUAAAACCUGCCAUAUAAAAACUUGACAAAAAUAUAUAAAUUUGAGCAGCCUAUUGAGAUCAUCAUCUGAAAGCAAAAUAAUAGUCUCCUAUAAAAAUUUACUAAUUAAUACAUACGAUUUAAAAAAAAAUAGAUAAACUGUUUUAGUAAAAAAUAUGAAAAUUAAUUUUUAUUUCAGUUAAGACUAAGACUAUAAGUUAAACAUAUUAAGUAAUUUGCAUAUUAUUUAUUUCCCGCCCGUAGGGCGGGCCUAUACUAGUAUUGUUAAUGAGGCUAUAAUAUUCUAUUCUAUUUGCUUAGAUUUUUAUAAUUAAUAGAAAUUAAAAUAAUUGGUAUUACAAUACCGAUAUAAACUGCAGUAUCCCUUUAUAAUACAUGGCUUAAAUAGAUUAAAAAAAAAACAUAUGUAAUGUCAAUUAUGUUUUGAAUUAUAAAUAUAUACUAGAACUUGAUCCGCACGCCCGUGCGGGUGUUUGAUUUAAUUUAAGUGUUUAGAAAUUAAUAUUUGUAAUAUUUACCAUAUAUUAAAAGGUUUAUACGACUUUUAAACUAAAAAUGAAUAAUUAAAUUCUUGUUUUUUAAUUUAUUGUUAUAAACCGAUGUUUUAUUAUAUAUAUAUAUUUUAAAUACAUAAAUUGGAAGUAGGGGUUACUGUUGUGCAUAAAUAUACAAAGUACGUAGAUAUUUACACCAAAUUGAUAUUCACAUUCAUGGUUAGUGUUAUGGUUAAACAUAUAUUUUAUAAAUAUUCGAAAUGUAUGUAAAUAAUUACACCAAAUUUGUGGGAUUACAUAAUCUGUAAGAAAUAGUUAGUAAAUUUCAUCAUGUGUACAAUUUAGAUUAGUAUAAUUUAGAGUUUUUGGUAUAUCAUUAAAGUGAAAUAGCCCAUGAAAAACAAUCAGAUUUAAUUACUUAAAAGAAAAAAACUGGUUUGAUCAAAUUUUUUUGUUUACUUAUCACAUUACUUGUCAUAAAACUAAUAACUUUUAUGAUGGGUAAAAAAGGAAUAAAAAGCUGUGGAUAUAUUAUUAUGGUAAGUAAUUAAUGAAGAAAUUAUGAAGAGUGGAAAAAUAAAGAAAAAGUGUAAUAAAAUUGUUCAAAAGAAAGUUAGUUCUAUUUCGUAUUUCAGUUUUAAUAAAAUUGAUAUUUUUUAUAUUGCUAAAUUUUCGUGUAGAUAAGAAAAGGUGAUACUGAUACCAAAUAACACUAGAUUACUUAAACCGGAAAAAACGUAUGAAUCAAAUAUAUAAACACUAAAACAGAACCGGUUGUCUAUAUGCACCAAGGUACUUGCAACCAAAUUCCUAAAUAUAUAAAUAUGUGCAUAUGGACUAAGAGUCGUGUAUUGUUGUAAUAUACACUAUUAAAAUAUAAAUAUGUAAUAUACUAAAAGAAUAUAACAGAGAUCGUGUUUCCUACUUCAAAAUAUAAAGAAAUUUAAUAUGGAUUGAUUUUACAAUCACGUUCAAUUAUCAUACGCUCCAUAAUAAUUUUUAUCGUUAUAUUGUUAAUGGGCUUAGGAGAUCCAUUAAUAAAUGAAAGCUUCGCAGAUAAUUUUUAUAGUUAAGUUGAGUGGCAUAAUUUUGUAAAUAUUAAGGAGAAGUUAGGGUUAAUUUUAAUUUGUACUUCAGUUUUAAUAGAUUAGAUGACUGAAGCUUAUAUGCGACUUAUUUUCAUAUUAAGAACUAUAAAUUGGUGUAAUCUUUGUAUGGGUCAAGCUGAACCAAAUAUGAAACACUUUGAUUUUUUUAUGUGCGCAGGUAUUGAUCUGAGAAUAAGCAGAAAAGACCAUGUUUUUUUUCUAAUAGUAAAUCAGUGUUAUUGUAUUACUCUUCUAUAAUAACAUGAUCUUGUAUAUGUAGAUUGGAAUAUAAGCAAAGAUGAUCGAUUAUUUGUGGUGACAUGGAGUCAAAUCAGAGUUAGUAUAUUAUUAUUCUAAUAGUCAAUAACUUAUCGGUUUUGUUAGAUUAAUUUCCGAUGGUUAUGGUAAAUAAGGUUUUGGUUUACUUUAAGUGAUCCGGUCUCAUUAUGUAAGUAGCGUGUAAAUAUAUAAUGUGUAACAAACUUGUGCAUCUUGUAAUAUAUUAAACGUGGUACUAAAAAUGAAAAAGUCCAAAAAUUAAAAACAACUUUCUAUGGUAGAUAAAAAAAAUAGGACUCUAAAUUAAUAGAGUAGAUAUUUGAAUAUUUUAAGAUCACUUUAUUUACAAUAAAAAGAACUAUAUGUAUAUUUACUUUUAAAUUUUUGUUCUUGAUUGUAAUUAAUUUUUGAAGGAUGAUUGUUUUCACAGAAUACAUUACCCUCCUAAAACAAAAUUUAUUUUUACCUCCAACUUAAUUUUUUCAAUCAAAAACUAAAAAUAGUAAAGUAAACAAAAUUCAAUUAUAAUAAAGUUUAAACUAUUAAUACCAUUAAAAGAUGAUCAUUCUCCAUUUCUACCCUUAAUGAAAAUUGCAGUUUUCUCAAAAAUAAGAGUAUUAUUACAAGAAAUUAAUAAAAUUCAUUAAUGACAUUUAAGUCUUUUGGUUUUGGACCUGCAGAUACCUAAAUGGAUUUAUAAAUAAUGAGUCUAUAUAUAUAAAUGAUAUGCUAAUUUUAAAUUUAAUAUAAAUAUUCUAAUUAUAUAUAUAUUAUGAACAAUAAAUAAAAUAACAAACACUAUUAUUUUCAUAAAUCUAUGUAUCAAUAUUGAAAAUAGAUAAUUCGAAUAUUACGCAGAUUUUCAGUACAACCCAAAACCCUAUAUCCUACACCAUAUAUCAUAUACAUAUUUGAAUAUCUUUUUCCGUGUUUAUAUGAUUUUGUACAUAGUAUUGAUAUGGCAAUUACGAGUGUUUCAAAAUAUUUUAAAAAUGAUCUUAAAAUAAAUUUUUUAAUCUAAAAUAAAAAUACAAACUUAUAAAAGGUUAUUAAUAACAAAAAUAAACUAAUAUUGUCAUAUCAAUAAGAUUUUUUUAUAUUAUCAUCUUUAUCUGGAUAACAUAAUAAAAUUUCAUAAUAUUCUAGAGAAUUACAAAUUUAUGUUAAAUUAAAAAUAUAUGAGUAAAAAAAUACUAUCAGAUAUUUGUAUUUUUAUCGAAUCAAUAGUAUCAUAUUGCGGGUUAAUAGUGAGUUUUUUGGAUUUUUACCGGGUUCUAUUGGAAUUUUAAUUAACGAAUUUUUCAUUAAAUUUGAACUGCAUUAUGUACAAUGUAUCGGAUGUAUAGGUUCAACCACGAAUCUAGGCCGGAUAUGAAAACAAUUCUUAAAACUCAAAACAUUAUAAUAGAAUAACUAUUAUAUUUCGAAUAAAUGUUAUUUUAAAGAGAAAAAAAAACAAAUGAUAAAAACAUAAAAACUCAAUUGCUAUGGUUCAAAACAAAAAUAAUAGUAGUUUGUAAAUCAGUUUUCGAUCAAUAAAUAAAAAACAAAUCCGCGCAGGUCAAAAUCUAGUAAUCCAUUAUUUAACUUUUUGUUUGGUCAUCUCAUUUCUUGAACCGGUGAGCAACGGGUAGUCGUGUCGAAAAUGCAAAGGGAGUUGUAGGGUAGUUAUUGGAAUUUGAAUCGGAGCUCCUUCUUUUCAGGAAUAAACAGAGGACGUUAUACAAUCAAAUUCAGUUUUUCCCUUAUUAAACGGAUUCAGUAUAUUUCCUACAUUCUUGUUUAUUAACCAACAACAACGUAAGCAGCACAAAAAUAUACAAAAACAAAAAUUACAGAAGAAGAAUGGGCAGUUUCAUUGAAAUUCUUUGUGCAAUUUUCAUACCUCCUGUUGGCGUAUUCCUCAAAUUUGGUUGCGGGUUGGAGUUUUGGCUCUCUUUGCUCCUAACGUUCUUCGGUUUUGUACCUGGAGUGGUAUAUGCCAUAUGGGUUCUUACCAAAUAGAACAACCAAACAAAAACACUAAAUCUAUUUUUUUUUUCUUUUAGUUUCUUUUGAACAACGUAUCUCAAGUUUUUCUUUUAAUGUUGUGUUAUGGACUCAGUUGUAAUCUCUAGUCUCUCCGUUAUUUAACAAUCUUUUUGUCGCUAUAUUAGAUAAGUAAUUGAGAUUCUACUUCUCCUUUUGUUUGCGUGAUCAGGCUUGAACCAUAAUCAAAUGUGUAGGGACCUUGAAAGAUUGAAGAUGGUCAAAUGCUAAAUCGUUACUUGUAUCAAUAUUAGAACUUCAUUAUCUAGGAUUUCUUAGGAUGGGGAAAUAUAAGAAACUGUUUUUUAAAGUACGAACUUUUUAAUUAAAAAUCAAAAAACAGUUUCUUAUAUUUUCCUAAAAACCUCUAUCUAAAAAAAUCCCGGAUAAUGAUGCUCUUACAUCUAAAGAGUGAUACAGUAGAAUCUAGAAUAUGUUUGAAGUUCUAGUAGAGACAAUACAUGGAGUAAAUGGUAGUAUGGUACAUGAGUCAUUAAUAAAACACAACGAACUUACGUAGAUAAACUGGUGUACAUAAACUUAUGCGUUUUUUGCAAUACCAAUUUGAAGAUUGCCUGAAUCGAAUACCGUGUGGUAAGCUCCCAUAAAGACAUCCCCAAGAAUCC